GAAGAAAAAAAAAGAAGAAGAAAAUUAGGAAAAUAAACAUUGAAAAUGUCUUAGGUGGUGUUAUUUUUUGUAGAUAUUAAACUCAGCUCCAACAGAUUUCAAAUGUGUAAUAUUUUAAUUGAUCUAUUAAUGAAUUGUAAUUUUUUUGUUACAAUCAAUACCAACAAAUUUUAAAAUAGGUAAGAUUUAAAAAAAAAAUUGAUUUAUCAAUUCAAAUAUGUCAGAUUUUAGAAUGAUUCACUAUUAGAAUUAUUGAUUCUAGCCAUGUAGAAAGCCCUCUUGAUUUUAUAACUAUAAAAACUAGCAUUGAAGAUUAUCCUUGAAAUCAAAUAAUACAUUUCGAAAUUGAUAGAAUACAUACUUUAUCUGUUGCAGCAAGAAAUCUAAUGUUGUGAACGGAAUGAAACUACCACUUUUAAGAUAUUAUGAUUGAAGAUUGAGUCAAUAAUAAAAUUGAAAAAUAUGCUUCACCAUGAUAAGUGACUCAUGGAAGUCUUUUUUUAAGAAGAAGAAGAAGAAGAAUAAGAAAUGUGAAAUAAAGGAGAAAAUAAAGACGUAAGAAAAAGUGAGUUGAUAAAUCUGAAUUUUCAACUGAAAUUUUUUGGGUAAAGCUUGGAUGUUGAUUGCUAAAAUUUACUUAUAAAAGUAAUAUCAAAAUCAUUCCACUUUUUAAUAACUCUUUUCACAAAGAAAAUCAAUCCAUACAUGAAUAACGCUAGAUUUUAAAUCAUCGUUUCAAGCCUUAGAUUAAAUAACAACAUAUUUAAAUUUCUUAUAAUAAUGUUAUUAUAAAUACAAGAACCAAUAACACUAGAUUUAAAAUCUUAAAAUGAAAAUAUUUCAAGUACAAUAAUGAAUAACACUAGAUUUAUAAAAUGGAAUUAAAAUCAAAUAUUGAAUAACAUUAAAUUUUAUUUAGAUUUAUAAUCUACGCAAAUCCAUUAAUGAAAAACACCUCCUUAUUAUUUGAAAACCAACAUAAAGAUUUAUUAAAAGGCUAAACCAACAGAAAGAUAAACCCCAAUAGAAAGAAUAAAAAAAAAUACUAAACAAAUGAACAUUAACAUACUCUGUUGUACUCUAGUAAUUAAGUAUUAUAGGGAAAAUAUAUAAAUAUUAAAUAACUUUAGUAACAUCAAGAAAUUACAUUAUCCAUCAAAAUGUUGGUCUUUAUAUUUCUAUGAGAAAACAACGAAUCAUUUAAAAAAUAUAUUUUCUACAGGAUUGCAUGUAUAACAUGUUUAAUCUAUCUCUAAAACAUGUUUAAUGUAUAAAUGUAUAUAAAAUGUGAUUAAAUCUCAUAAAUGAAUAUUUACCUGCACACAUACUUUCAUAUUGAAAUAUGUAUUUGCAGAAGACUGCAUUGGUAGAUUAGUAAAAUUAACAAAUACAUAAAUACUAAGUACAAAAAUUAGAUUUUCUCUUCCGUUAAAGCUUCACGUAUGUAUUAACAGAAAUUACUCACAUUCUUAUUUUUCUAAUUCUCUUUAAACUUUAAUUUUAUCGGUUUAUGUUUCAGAAAGCUUGAAUUCUAUCUCAUUGCUAUAUAAGAAAUAUACAUAUGUUUACCUUCUGCUAAGAGAAGUUGAGAACAACUAUUCUUGUUGAAAAUAACUCUUGCCAUCUGAUGGUAAUACUCUGUGAAACAGCUCCAAUACUUUUUCAAAGAAAAGCAAAGCUCUGAUACUCCACCAAUUAUAUUCUUAUAAAAUUGUCUAUACUUGAAUCAUGCAUAUAGAAUGAUAGGAAAUUUUUCCAUAAAUUUUUCGACACUCAAAAGCUAAAUAAAAUGACAAUGAAGAUAAUUUAUUCAGAUGAAGAAAAAGUGAAAACAAAUAGAAAAUAAUUUCUCAUAUAAUGUUUUAAAAACAGUUGACAUAGUGAUUAAUGAAUUAUUCCUGGAACGCGAUGGUUGUAAUCUGAGAAAAAAUAUAAAGUUGAAUUUUCGCAGUUAUAAAGUAUAAUUUUGAUCUUUUUGGGUGUUGUCAACAAAUAACAUGUGUCAAAUUCUUAUUGUUCAAGUGACUUGUUAUUUAGUAUAUAGAGGAUGUAUGAGUAUAUCACUUUUUAGAUUUAGGAUUGUCUAUGGUUUAAGAAUGAAUUGCUAGAGCUUAUAUUAUGAGUUCUUCAUCUUGAUUGUUCUUAAUUCUAGAUUUGGAUUGAUAAUCCUGAUAAUCUAGAUCAUAGGAUAGUUGGUAGACACAACAAAAUUAUUAAUUUCCUAAAAUAAUCUUGAUGAGCUUAAUACAUAUUCGCAAAAGUAUCUGGUUUAGGGAUUUAGUGGACAUGUCAAACAUGAAUUUAACUUGUUUGAAUUGAUUGAAUUUGCAAAGGAAUUUGAGAUUUUAGACUUAUACAUAAAUAGUUUAAGCAGCGAAAACUGAUUGACUUUAUUGCUGUAAUAUGAGUUUUUGAAUUGUUCUUAUAAAUCAUCGAUAUCUGUUAACUUCAAUUCUGAAUUACCUGAUUGAUUUCUCUGGAUCUAGUGUCUUUUUUCCAUCACUUACAAACCGAUUUACCUUCUUAUGUUACUGCUUUCUAAUUACUAUCUAGCUUAAUCUGAUAACUAUAAUCUAUUGUGUGAUCCCAUGCAUGUGGAUUUGAUCCCUAAAUACUUCAACUGAUGAUUUGAAAUUACAGAGUUUCUUUUAGAGUAGAUUUGAACAUAUCAAUCAUGCUGUAAUUUAUAUUACAAAAGUUGAGUAAGUAUAAGUCAAUGAGAGAUAUAUGCAUGUAGAAAAACAGCACUGAUUCUUAUCUAUUUGGUUAUUUUUGGCAAUGAUCAUGCAUUGAUCAUGCAAUUUUCUAUUACAAAAGUCAAGUGACGGUGUGUGUAUAUAUGAGAGACACAUGCAUACAAAAUAACAUAAUGGAGCCUCUAGUUGCCUUUGAUGUUAUUCAGUCAUGGGUUCUCUGUUUUUCUGAUAAUUCAUGGGACCAUGAGAAAGAUGUUUCACUUAACAUAAAUCAUUGAAGGUGAAUGUCUGGACGAUUCAAAAGCUUUUUUAGUAGUACGGAACAUUAAAACGGGUUAAAAUCUCAUUGAUUGGUGGUAUUUUGCUUUGCACAAUCUCAUUUACUACACCGUCAAUCUACCUUUAACUUUUUGCUACUUCCUUCUUAACAUAUGACGAUCUUUUCAGUCAUACUUCUUUCUGCAAAUUACAGAAAUGUCACAUGCAAGUUUUAAUCGCCAUAUAAUGAAAUUAUCUAAUAACAGACCAUCUUCUUCUUUACUUUACUUUUUAUAUCUUUAUAUAUUACAAGAAAAAAAAUGUUGUAAGAGAGAGUACCUAAGCAAAUGAAAAAGACAUGGUAGUAGAAGUGAUUCACACGAAUCGAGCAAUAAUAAUAAUCUAAUUCUUAUAUUUAUUUUGAUUCUGUUUGUUAGAUGUCUGGUUCAUGUUUUUCCCCCAAUUACAUACAUUAAUCGUAAACCCCAGUCCCAUUAACAUAAGUUUGGCAUAUACAAUAUUAUUUUAUAUUAAAAUGAUAGAACCUAGUUGAAAUUAAAUAUCUAAUUCUAGUUUUUUAAUCUAACAGUUUAUUUUAAUUUAAUAGUUGUUUUUCGUGCACCAGCUGUAGUUUUUCUUUUCUCUUAGAUCGACGAGUCUUUUGUGUUCUUCUCAUCUUCUUCUUCUUCUCCUUCUCCUUCACAUUCCGCGCAUUGAUUAAAGCAAAAUCUUCCUUUCUCUCACUCUCUCACUUUUUUCGCCGCCGAUUCUAAAAGCCUCCCCUCCUUCCUUUGCGUCAAUUUCUCCGAGAGAUUUAUUCAGAUUUUCCCAUACACGAGGGCGGUGUGGCGAAUGAUGAGAUGAGGAAUCGAUAGAUCGAAUCUGUAUAAUAAUCAAAUAAUCUCUGCAAUGUCGUCGACCUCUUUGCAAACGAUUGGUGCCAUAAAGGCUUAUCAUCAUCAAGCUCAGCAUUUGGUUAACAACUACCUCUUGGCUGAUCCUUUUAUUCCUUACACCUCUGUUCUCACCGGCAUUUUCCUCUCCAAAGUGGUCUAUGAUCUUUGUCACUUCAUAAGCAACUCACAUUCCAAGACCUAUAUCAUCCUCACCAAGAUUCAACAAAUCGAAUGGAACAACCGUGGUAUCUCAACGGUUCAUGCUAUCUUUAUCUCCGCAAUGUCGCUCUACUUUGUCUUCUGGUCCGAUCUCUUUUCCGAUAGGUGGCACAAUGAUCUUGUUGUGUUCCGGAGCUCACGUCUUUCCUCUCUUGGUCUAGGGUUAUCCAUUGGUUACUUUAUUGCUGAUCUUGGGAUGAUUUUCUGGAAAUAUCCUUCUUUGGGUGGACUUGAGUAUAUUGUGCAUCACUCGCUAUCAGGGGUAGCAGUUGCCUACUCCUUGUUUUCUGGGGAAGGACAGUUGUAUACAUACAUGGUCCUCAUCUCCGAGAUUACAACCCCCGAGAUCAACUUGAGAUGGUACCUGGACACAGCUGGUAUGAAGAAGUCGAUGGCAUAUGUUGUCAAUGGCGUUUUCAUCUUCCUGGCUUGGCUGGUUGCUAGAAUCCUACUAUUCAUAUACAUGUUUUAUCAUGUCUAUCUGCACUAUAACCAGGUCAUGAGGAUGCACAUCUUUGGAUACGCUCUGGUAUUUGGAGUACCAGCUGCGCUCGGUGUCAUGAACUUGAUAUGGUUCGGUAAGAUUGUGAGAGGAGUAAAGAAAACAUUAGCAAAGAGAUGUGAAUGCUGAGAGAUUGGCGAGUCUACCUCACAAUGUUUUAUCAGAUAUCAUCUUUACUGCUUCUUUCUCCCCUCUGACAUAUAUGUCUGUCUCUCUAGUGUAAGUAGUUUUUGUCUGAUGGAGAAACGAGAAGAAACAAAAACAAAAAUGAUACUAUCAUCAGAUGUCUCUGUAAAUGAUCAAAAUUCAUGUCAAAUUAUGUUUUUCAUUACAAGAUGUAACUCUGUUUUCAUUCUAAUAGUUUUGUCCCUGUCCCCCCCCCCUCCCCCCUUAAUGUUUAAUUGUCUGUCUCAUACAUCACUUGUUUAAUCAGAAAAUCAACACAGCCAGUACUAAUAUGAUGAACAGUUUGUUUUCCGGUUAUGUAGUGUAAAAAAAUAGAAGAAAAUCAUUUGGUAUAAAUAUUAAAAUGUUUAAUUACGUGGUAAGUUUUUCAAAACAAAACAAAUUACAGAUGAAAGGAGUUUGUGAUUUAAAAGGAGUUUUGAUCAUUUUAAAUUUAAAUAGUCUAAUAAAUUUACAGUAUAGCCAAAAACUUUUGUAGAAUAUUAAAUAUUUUAAUUGAUGAAAAUUAUAAAUUUUAUUUUUGAUGAAAUUCAAAUUUAUUGAUUAGAAUCUAUGAAGUUUACUAGUUUAGUAUAUGUGUUCACUGUGUUCUAUAAUAAAUGUCACUUGUUUUUUUUUUUUUUUAAAUAAGUGUCAUUCUAUAAUUCCAAUGUAAUUUUGUACACUAAUUUUUUUUUUACCUUUUUGAAUAAUCAAUGAGCUUUUAUUUAAACCAUUUUUAUUUAAUCAAUCACACAUUAAAUGAAUAUAUAUUAGUCUAUUAUACAAUUUUCAAUCUCCGUGAAAAAUGUCAAAAUAACACUUAAUAUGAAAUGGAGAGAGUAUAUCCUAAUUGCUAUUUGAUGCUAAAGCCACCAACCGGCCAGGCAGACGUGCAUAUUUAUGCUCAGAUUUGUACUUGAGAGAUAGGAUUGUGUUCUUCAUAGUCUUCUCAAUGAGCAUCCGCAUCUGAUCUGAUCCAUGGCUGUCUAGAUCUGAUGAUGGUGCCUUGUAUUUAUCUCUCUUUACAUAUAGUAGAUAGAAACCUGAAACAAAAGUUUCGCUAGAAUGGUGUCCAAUCCCUUAUGUGUCAUGUUUUUCAAGUAGUUUAGAGUCCAUUGCCAGUUCGGAUUGAUAUUAGAUCCCAUAAGCUGUCGCGCUAAUCCUCUAAAAUUAUGUAAGAAAAAGGGCAAGCAAAGAUCAAAUGAUCUCAAGUCUCAUAUUUUUCUUCACAUAAUUCGCAUCUCUGAACUGCUCCUUAUUGCCUCAUUCGAUCACCAAUAGCUAAACUGUAUUUUACAUCAAGCUAAGUAAUAAAAGAAUAAACCAUACCACUCUACUCUGAACCAUUAUAUUCCUUUUAGAUUGAAGUUGAUCUCAUGUUCUUGAGGCUGAGAAGUUUGUGUGAUAGUCCUCGACCCCAUGCUUCCAUAACACUAUGUCAUCUCCCUUCCCAUCAUGUGGCACAUCUAUAGCAUGGAUAUUGUUGUUGAGGUCAUGAAAUGUCCGACUUCUCUUUCCACUAAUACACCACCCUUCCAGAGUUAUUGCAUCUCUGAUCUUGGCGUGUCUAGCAACACCGAGGUAUGUUGUACCCACAUCUCCAAUGAUAUCAAUCAUACGACCUUCCUUUCUCUAACCAAUCAUCAAACCAAAAGUGUUUGCUCUUUCUAUCUCUUACCUCAAAUCUGAAAAUUGGUAAGUAACAUCCAUCAACUUACGCAACUUAAGCUAUAUCCAAGAUCCUUUAGAAUCAUCUCGAACCGGCCAAAAAGAGUUGUACCGAAAUAUAUAAUGUUUGACCCAGCUAACCCGAAGAGAAGAAGGCUGAGUAAACAAUCACCUUAUGAGGCUCAAAGAAAAGGCCCUAGCAGAAGAAUCCCACAACUUCCUCACCCCCUCCCCCCCCCCCCCCCAUCUUCUAAGAAAGAUCAUCCCAUCCUACUUUUGCUUUGUGAGUUUGGGUAGGUGAAACCGUUCCAGAAAUUCACAAUGAUUGAGAUAAUAAACUUGAUCAAUUGUAACCUUCCGGAAUAAGAUAAAGAAUUGUUAGACCAGCAGAACAUUCGUCCUCUAACUUUGUCAACCAGCAGCCCAUAAUCAUGGCUAGUGAGAAUUUUGGUAGUCAGUGGCAUACCUAAGUAUCGAAUGGGGAGAGUUCCAACUACUAAACCUAAAAAGAGGCUGUACAAAAGAGAGCUAAUAGAUUACUUCCUGAUGAAUAAAUAGAUAACUUGGUUGUAUUAAUAUAUAAACAUGACAUUCAUGUGAAUCGCUGCAUGAUCUCCAAAUCCCCUAAUAAUGACUCUGAUGUACCAUAUGUGAAGGGCAAUAUAUCAUCUGCAAAGCUUAGAUUACUGAGUUUUACUUCCUUACACUGUGGAUGAUAAGCAAAUUCCCCUGCCUUUACUGCUCCAUCUAGUAGCUUUGAGAGCACAUUGUUGAGGAUACCAUAAAAAUAAGGUGAGAGUGAACAGACUUGACGAAUGCUUCUGGCAUUGGUAAAGAAAUCUUCCAUACUUCCAUUAAUAGAGACAGAAAAUGAUGUUGAUAUACAUAACCUGUUAAUUAUAAACUUUUACAGAGUAUCAAUGUUGUGUUGUGUUGUUGUGUUUGUUAUUAUCUAUUAUUUUUUUCCAUUGACUAUUCUUUUUUUUGACAAUUUGUCACAUUAUAGUUCAAAUACAUUUUCAGAACUUACAACCUUGCUUUUACACCAGAAAAAAAUGCACUGUACAAACUUGUAGUGAUGUUUCUUUUGCCAUUUUUCCAAAUUAUGUAUCAUUAUCAGAUGAUUUUCUUGAUUGUGCUUGAUUUAAAAUUUACCAAUUGACUGAAUUUGCCUCCAUGUUAGGCUAGCUAUAGCUAGUAUUUAGGGGUAAGGGUUUGGAGUAAAGUUUAGUAUUUAAGAAUAGUGAGUGGAUUUGGAGUCUUAUGCUACUUCGACAAUAUGGUGUAGAAAAAUCGAAUGCAUAUUUAGGUGGUAAACAGGCGUGUGGUGUUGGUGGCAUUACGUGGUGUGAUAAUUAAUAGUGGAGUUUUACAACGACCAUGUCAUCUACUUUUUCUCUCUUUCACCGGCUACUUGCAAAAGAUGAGGGUAUAACCGGCUGAAAAAGAGGUUAAUUGUUAGUUAGUGAAUUAUGUCAAAAUCAAUGUUAUAUACUUAAUUCUUUUUCUCAUUUUGAUUAAUCAGCAAAUUAACCCUUAUUAAUAUAAAUGGCUCCAAAAUGAUAUUAAACAACAUACAAUAAAGUAUAUAACAAAAAUAAAAAUAGACAAUACAAUACAGAAAAUAUAAACCUACAAUACAAUAUCAGCUGCAUACCUUUGGUUGUAUCCAUACAUUGGCCUAACAUUUUUUUUAACUCAAUGAUGUCGACAUACGAAUAUGCACUUGUCGUGACACUGAUACAUUAAAAAAUUUCAUACAUAUAUGCAAAUUGUUGAAUUCAGUGAUGGGCCUAUAAGCUGACAACUUUAUCUAGCUAUAAAAUGGGCUUCACCAGUCAUGCUUAGAUACGUGAAUUGCAGCAAACUAUCUUUCGUUUUCGUUAGGGGGUGUUAUUAGGUUAUGUAUUUGUAAAGACAUUUAGAUUUUAUAAUGAUUCUUAUGUUUUUGAGUUACAAAUUUUCAAAAAAAGUUAAAAUUUAGUGUUAUUAGUUUUGUUUUUGCAGUAAGUAGUUAAUUUUUUUUAAAAGUAGAGUGUUGUUAGAUUCAAUAUUUUGAUAAAUCAGCAAAAAUCUUGUGUUAUAACUAAAAAAAAAA